AUGUUGUCCUCAAGUCUGAGGCAGUUUGCUGGACGCGCCUCAUCGGUGCGCUCCUUCUCAUCCACUGCACGAGUCAAUCGCAUCAUCACCAACAGCCAGCCGCUGCGAGCAACGCACGCCUCGGGCUCCAUUUCCAGCAAGUACCCCGUCAUCGACCACGAAUACGAUGCCCUCGUCGUCGGCGCAGGAGGUGCGGGUCUCCGCGCGGCCUUUGGAUUGGCCGAGGCGGGAUUCAACACGGCCUGUAUCUCCAAGCUGUUCCCCACAAGAUCUCACACGGUCGCCGCACAGGGCGGUAUCAACGCGGCCCUGGGAAACAUGCACGAGGAUGACUGGAGAUGGCACAUGUACGACACAGUCAAGGGAAGUGAUUGGCUCGGAGACCAGGACGCCAUCCACUACAUGACCCGUGAGGCCCCCGCCUCCGUUUACGAGCUCGAGAACUAUGGAUGUCCCUUUUCCCGCACAGACGACGGCAAGAUCUACCAGCGUGCCUUUGGUGGACAGUCCAAGGAGUUUGGCAAGGGUGGACAGGCAUACCGCUGCUGUGCCGCCGCCGACAGAACCGGCCACGCCCUCCUUCACACCCUCUACGGCCAGUCCCUCCGACACAACACAAACUACUUCAUCGAGUUCUUCGCCAUUGAUCUGAUCAUGGAGGACGGCGAGUGCAAGGGUGUCAUUGCCUACAACCAGGAAGAUGGAACCCUCCACCGCUUCCGCUCCCACCACACCGUCCUCGCCACCGGUGGAUACGGCCGCGCUUACUUCUCCUGCACAUCCGCACACACCUGCACGGGAGACGGCAUGGCCAUGGUCGCCCGUGCGGGUCUUCCCAACCAGGAUCUCGAGUUCGUCCAGUUCCACCCUACUGGUAUCUACGGCGCCGGAUGCUUGAUUACUGAGGGUUCUCGUGGUGAGGGUGGUUACCUCCUCAACAGCGAGGGUGAGCGAUUUAUGGAGCGUUACGCACCAACCGCCAAGGAUUUGGCAUCUCGUGRUGUUGUCAGCCGAAGCAUGACCAUGGAGAUCCGUGAGGGCCGUGGUGUCGGUCCAGACAAGGACCACAUCUACCUCCAGCUCUCUCACUUGCCACCAGAUGUCCUCCACGAGCGUCUGCCCGGCAUCAGUGAGACCGCUUCCAUCUUCGCCGGUGUCGACGUCACCAAGCAGCCCAUUCCUGUCCUCCCAACUGUCCACUACAACAUGGGUGGUAUCCCCACCAAGUACACUGGAGAGGUUCUCACUGUUGACGAGAGCGGCAAGGACAAGGUUGUUCCAGGUCUCUUCGCUUGUGGUGAGGCUGCUUGUGUCUCUGUCCACGGUGCCAACCGUCUUGGUGCCAACUCUCUCCUCGAUUUGAUCGUCUUUGGACGCGCURUCAGCCACACCAUCCGUGAUAACUUCUCACCCAACAAGCCACACAAGGAGAUUGCUGCCGACACUGGAUCAGAGGCCAUUUCUGUUGUCGACCACAUCCGCAACGCAGACGGUCCCAAGAGCACAAACGAGAUCCGAAGCGAGAUGCAGAAGGUUAUGCAGUCGGAUGUUUCCGUUUUCCGAACACAGGAGUCGCUUGACGAGGGUGUUGAGAAGAUCAACAAGGUCGACCAGAUGUUCAACCAGGUCGGCACCAAGGACCGCAGCAUGAUCUGGAACAGUGAUCUUGUCGAGACCCUUGAACUCCGCAACCUCCUGACCUGCGCCGUGCAGACCGCAGAGGCCGCCGCAAACCGCAAGGAAUCCCGUGGCGCUCACGCACGUGAAGACUACCCCGACCGUGACGAUGAGAACUGGAUGAAGCACACACUUACAUGGCAGAAGAAGCCUCAUACACCUGUUGAACUCGGCUACCGCUCUGUGGUCGCCAACACUCUGGACGAGGCAGAGUGUAAGGCUGUACCGCCAUUCAAGAGAACGUACUAG